CAGAAGCGCGCUGACAUAGCUCACUCCGCCGCCGUCCUUCUGGAGAAGUGUCAACUCCUCAAGUACGAGAGGUCGUCAGGUCGAUUCCAAAGUACAGAGCUCGGCCGAAUCGCUUCAUAUUACUAUGUAACGUACAACUCCAUGAUGGUCUACAACCAACAUCUACUUUCGAUGAUGUCGACGCUCGAGUUGUUUAGGGUUUCCGCACUUUCAAACGAGUUUAAGUUUGUACCUGUUCGACAAGAGGAAAAGCUGGAGCUCGCAAAGCUACUCGAGAGGGUACCGAUUCCUGUGAAAGAAAGCGUCGAGGAGCCUGCGGCGAAAAUCAAUGUAUUCCUACAAACCUACAUCUCGCAACUCAAGCUCGAUGGGUUCGUCCUUGUCGCUGACAUGGUCUUUGUGCAGCAAUCUGCGGGGCGUAUCCUGAGGGCUAUGUUCGAGAUAUGUCUGAAACGCGGCUGGGCUGUGCCUGCUAAAGCAGCUCUUGACCUUUGCAAGAUGGUUGAGAAGAGGAUUAUAUCAGGUGGGGUUCAAUCGCCUCUUCGUCAAUUCAAGGGCGUUCCUGCUGAAGUGAUAAGAAAGGCAGAAGGCAAACAAUUUCCUUGGUAUCGUUACUUCGAUCUGACUCCUCCUGAAAUUGGUGAACUCAUUGGAAUCCCUAACGCUGGGCGGCUAGUGCACCGUCUUGUCCUUAGCUUCCCGAAGCUUCAGCUCCAAGCACAAGUCCAACCUAUCACUCGGUCGCUCCUUCGAAUCGAUCUUUCCAUCUUACCUGACUUUUGAUGGGAUGAAAAGAUCCACGGUACGGCGGAGAUCUUCCUUAUCGUGGUCGAAGAUGUGGAUGGAGAGGUGAUACUCCUCUACGACUCGUUCAUCCUCCGCCAACGAUACGCGGAAGACGAACAUAACGUUACGCUUACUGUGCCCUUGUUCAAACCUGUCCCGCCCAACUACUACAUCUCUACUAUCUUGGAUCGCUGGCUUCACGCUGAAACUCGGCUUCCCAUUUCUUUCAAACAUCUCAUUUUGCCCGAAAAGUUCCCACCUUCUACCCCGCUUCUCGACCUACAGGCCCUACCUCUUUCCGCCUUGCACAACAAGGAAUUCGAAGCACUCUACUCCUCGACGAUCCAAACCUUCAACAAGAUCCAAACCCAGGUUUUCCAAGCUCUUUAUACGACAGACGAAAAUGUUUUCAUCGGUGCGCCUACCGGUAGCGGCAAGACAAUCUGCGCAGAAUUUGCUCUCCUUCGUCUCUGGAGUAAGAGAGAGCAACCCCGAGCGGUUUGUAUCGAGCCAUAUCAAGAAAUGGUUGAUCAAUGAGUUGUGGAAUGGCGGGCCAAGUUCGAAAAGCUACAAGGCGGGAAGGAGAUCGUUGGUCUCACAGGGGAGACAAGUGCUGAUCUGAGGCUUUUGGAGAAAGGAGACGUCAUUGUCUGCACACCAACGCAGUGGGACGUCCUUUCACGACGGUGGCGACAAUGCAAAAACAUCCAAAACAUCGGUCUUCUUAUUGCUGAUGAGGUCCAGUUGGUCGGUGGUGAAGUGGGACCCACCUACGAGGUCGUCAUUUCCCGCACGCGUUAUGUAUCUGCGCAGACAGAAAUCAAGACACGAAUAGUCGCUUGUGGAGUCUCUCUCGCGAACGCCCGAGAUCUGAGCGAGUGGAUGGGUGCACCUUCUCACGCGAUCUUCAACUUUUCACCAAGUGCCUGUCCCCUUGAUAUGGACAUACAUCUUCAGUCCUUCACCAUCCCCCAUUUCCCCUCCCUAAUGAUCGCCAUGUCAAAGCCUGCCUACCUCGCCGUUCUGGAGUACUCUCCCUCAAAACCCGUCAUCGUUUUUGUUCCCUCCAGGCGACAGUGCCGCCUUACGGUCGACGACCUUCUGACUCACUGCCUAGCGGACGAUAAACCUGAUCGAUUCCUCAACAUCGAGCUUGACGACUUACAACCGCACCUGGACCACAUCAGCGACAAGGGCCUCGUUGAAACGCUCAAACACGGUAUCGGGUACUACCACGAGGCUCUCAAUAAGCAGGACAAACGCAUCGUUCAGCGCCUGUUUGAAUCAGGAGCUAUCCAAUUGCUUGUUGCGUCAAAAGACACGGCUUGGAGCUUACCAGUGGCGAUGGCGAGUUACAUGGUGAUCAUCAUGGGUGUACAGUUCUAUGAGGGCAAGGAGCAUCGUUACAUCGACUACCCAGUCAUGGACGUUCUCCAAAUGAUGGGCCGCGCUUGUCGGCCAAUGGAAGAUGAGCGCAGUCGAUGUGUUCUCAUGUGCCAGCAAACACGGAAGGACUUCUGCAAGAAGUUCCUUGCCGAAGGGCUUCCAAUCGAGUCACAUCUCCCGACCCAUCUCCUUCAUGACUACUUCCUCGCGGAGAUCGCAGUCAAAACCAUCGAGAACAAGCAAGAUGCUAUGGAUAUUCUUACUUUGACUUACUUCUACCGCCGAAUGACUCAAAACCCAAACUAUUAUAAUCUGCACAAUGUCAGCCAUCAGCAUCUGUCCGACCACCUUUCAGAACUUGUUGAGAACACUUUGAGUGAUCUCGUGAAUUCAAAGUGUAUCGCAAUUGAGGACGAAAUGGACAUGUCGGCGCUCAAUCUUGGAAUGAUCUCUGCCUAUUACAAUAUCUCUUAUGUGACGGUCGAGGUGUACACAUUGUCUCUCAAGGAGCGUACAAAGUUGAAAGGCCUUCUCGAGGUUGUAUCAUCAUCGGCCGAAUUUGAAACUAUCCCGAUCCGGAGACACGAAGAUGCUCUUCUUCGUCGUAUCUACGACCGCGUCCCAGUCAAACUAGAGCGGGCCGACUUCGAGGCUCCCCACUUCAAAACGUUUCUGCUCCUUCAAGCUCACUUCUCACGGUUGCAAUUGCCGCCUGAUCUGACUGCUGACCAGGUUCUGGUCCUGGAGAAAGUACUCAAUCUUUUGUCGGCCAGCGUCGAUGUGAUGUCGUCUAGCGCUUGGUUAAGCGCUCUGGGUGCGAUGGAUCUAUCCCAGAUGUGUGUACAAGCCAUGUGGGAGACAGAUUCGCCUCUGAAACAGAUCCCUCACUUUGAGACUGAGGUAAUCAAGCGAUGUAAGGACGCUGGUGUCGACUCCGUCUAUGACAUCAUGGAGCUCGAGGACGAUCGUAGAAACGAGUUGCUGCAGAUGACGCCCGCCCAAAUGCGAGAUGUCGCAACCUUUGUCAACUCCUACCCCACCCUGGAUAUCUCUCACGAGCUCGUCAAAGGAGAAUACACCGCAGGCGCGCCAAUCAUCCUCCAGGUAUCGCUGGCACGUGACGCAGACGAUGAGGAUGAUGGUGACCAAAACGUUGUUGCACCAUUCUAUCCUCUCAAGAAGUUGGCGAAUUGGUGGCUCGUUGUCGGAGAUCCUGCCUCCCGCCAGCUCCUCGUCAUCAAGCGAGUCACGGUGACGAAGAGCCUUGCCGUCAAGCUUGAGUUCACGUUGCCGAAGGGCAAUCACUCACUGAAGCUCUACGUCAUUUGUGAUUCUUACGUUGGUGCUGACCACGACAUUGGUCUCGAACCCAUUGAGGUGCUUGAAGGAGAGGAUAGCGACAGCGAUGAGGAUAUGGGUAGCGAUGAGGACGAGUAG